UCUCAGCAGCACAUCAUUCCCUGUCGUCCAUGCAGUUAUAUCAGAAGUGGAUUUUGCUUCAUCAGUUGACGUGUAACAGUGAAUAAGUAUGGACAACAAAGACACAUAUUUGCUGAACUUUAAAGACUAUAAUUUUGAAUCUUCUUUAGUUGAUGCUGACUUUAUAGAAAAUCUAGAUGAUUUUGAAAUUAGAGAUGAUGAUGUCUUCAUAAUUACAUAUCCAAAAUCUGGUACCAUCUGGACUCAGCAGAUACUAAGCUUGAUUUAUUUUGAGGGUCAUCGUAACAGAACUGAAGACUUGGCAACGCUUGAUAGAAUCCCCUUCUUGGAAUACAAUAUCCGCAAAAUGGACUUUCUCAACAGACCGUCUCCUCGCCUCUUCUGUUCCCACCUCCCAUAUUAUUUAGUACCGAAAGGUAUCAGGAGCAAAAAAGCUAAAAUUAUUUACGUCUACAGAAACCCCAAGGAUGUUAUGACUUCAUACUUUCACUUUUCAAAUCUGGUGGUCACGCUUGAAGCUGGGAAUGAUAUGGAACAUUUCAUGAAAAGGUUUCUAGAUGGAAAUGUGUUCUCAUUUGGCUUUGUUAUCAGGGAUCUCAGAAGUUCUGUGCUUAAAAUCAGCCGUUUUCUUGAGAAAGAACUGAGUGAAGAGGAUGUGGAAGCUAUUGUAAAACAGGCUACAUUUCAGAACAUGAAGUCUGAUCCAAAAGCCAAUUAUGAUGAGAUUCUAAAACAUGAAAUUGGGAAAAGAACAGAUGAGGGACAUUUUCUGCGCAAAGGUACCGUUGGAGACUGGAAACAUCACUUGACAGUGGAGCAAAAUGAAAGAUUUGACAAAAUAUUCGAAAGGAAUAUGAAAAAUUUGCCUUUGAAGUUCAUCUGGGAUUUAAACAAGGAGUAAAAUCAGUGUAAAAGAAUUCUAAAAAUAUCUAACUAGAGAGGCUAUUUUAAUAUACACAUUAAUUUGUGCUUCUUAUGCAAAUGUUAAUUAUAAAACUUUACUAAUAAAAAAUGAGUAAACUAUACUUAGAUUAGUUGCCAGGAGUUUGAUAAACACUUUGAUAUUUAAAAAUUAAAAUGAUUUAGGAGAUAGUCUGCAUUGUUACCCUGUAUUAUAAAUUGAAAAACAGGAAGCAUGUAAUAGGAAUUAUAAAUGUUCUGAGUUUUCUGUAGUGUGUAUUUUUUCUUUACCUACAAUUAAAUUGAGUAUCAAUGAAA